GGAAGCAGGCGGACUCCCGGCAGCCAGAGGCGGAUCAGCUCGGCACCUGUGGCGGCUACAGCCGAGUUUCUUGAGCAAGUCGCUGGGGCUGCUGUGUGAUGCCACCGCCCGGGCAGGAGCGGGUGUUGCCUGUGCUGGGGGCGCGUUGCAGAACCCUCUACCCCUUCUCCGGGGAGCGGCAUCGGCACGGACUGCGCUUCGCUGCGGGCGAGCUGCUCACCGUACUCCAGGCGGGGCCGGACGGCGGCUGGUGGGAAGGGGAGACGGCCGAAGGGCUGAGGGGAUGGUUCCCGGCCAGCUACGUCCAGCUCAUUGAGAAGCCUAGGAAGGUCAUUCCUCAAGUUGGAGAAGAUUCUCAAAAUGGUCAUCUUCCACCUGGCUGGCAAAGUUAUAUGUCCCCUCAGGGGCGAAGAUAUUAUGUGAACACCUUCACCAACGAGACUACUUGGGAGCGACCAAGCAGUGUUCCGGGAACUCCAAAGAAUUCGGUGAGCCAGAAGAACUCCUUGCCUACAGUGAACGGAUAUCACAUACCAGGCACGUUGGCAUCCCAGCUAGAGCCAAGCCACAUGAGUCUCCGCAAAAUCAGCAGUGACCCUCAGAGUCCUGGGUCUCCAUCACCUACUCGAAAGCAGAAUAAGGAGAACACCUUUACGAUAAACUGUGUGACUUUUCCCCAUCCUGACACAAUGCCAGAACAGCAGUUGCUAAAACCUUCUGAAUGGAGCUACUGUGAUUAUUUCUGGGUAAGUGAGCAACUUCCCAUAUGCUGUUUACUGCAGCAGUUGAGCUUUACAAAGGAUGAGACAUAUUGCUAACAUCUCUGAUAGCAAACAUGAUAAAAUCCAAGCCUAAAAGUUGAUGCACAUGACACUGAAAAAGUUUUUUUUUUUUUCUUUGCAUAUGAAAUCCAGCAGAAUCAUUAUACUCUUAAAACCAGAAGACUGGAAUGAAGCAGAAUCACUUCCUGGCCUUCCAGCCUGAAAUGCUCUAAACAAGAGAUGGGCAUUUCAAGG